AUGAAAACAUUACACUGCCUAAUCUUACUGCUGGCCUUGGGCUGCCAGGUUCAGUCAAGAGAAAUUCCCAAGGAGCUUCCACUGAAGGAAACCGAGUGGAAUAAAUUAGCCCCAGCAUGUACGCUUAACAUCAAUACUCAGCUACCGCGCCCACAGCCACUGAUCCUGAUACCAGGAUCGGAAAGCUUCCGCUAUCCGGCAUCCGACGAUCGGCUGCUCCAGUUGGAAGCCGGGGAAACCCUCGAGCUAGCCUGUCAGAAUGGAUUUAACGUCGCGCCAGGCAAAAACUCCAUCAUCGUAUCGUGCGUCUUCGACGAUACGUUCAACUACGACAGUACCAUGUUCCAUUUUGGUCAAUUCUCGUGCACUCAAAACUGGGCAAGUACGGCUCGCCGGACCAGCCGACCCUGCGAAACCAAUGCCAACAUUGUCGAAAUCGGUUUCGAGUUGGGCACUCGGUUCCCGAAAAUUUUAGACGUUUGCCACAAUGAGGUAACGUUCGAGAAUCACUGGGUCAAGCAUGAGUUCCACCGGCGUCACAACGGAUUCCAGCAGGGAGUGCCACGGCCUUCCUGGAUUCAGGGCAGCUUCUUCCCAGGAAUUCCAACCAAUACUCUGUACACCAUCAAUCGCCAACGGCAGACGAUUGCGCUGAUUCUAAACUCGCAACCCUUAGCGGAUGCGUUAGUGCAGGAUGUCAACACCGGAAUCUACAUGGCACGCGGACACAUUGCUGCGCGGGCCGAUUUCAUAUACGGAACACAGCAGAAUGCGACUUUCUGGUUCCUGAAUGCUGCUCCCCAGUGGCAGAACUUUAACGACGGUAAUUGGCUGCGAAUCGAGGAUAGUUCGCGGGCCUUCGUCGCUAGUCGUAACCUUCAGGUGACCGUUUACGGUGGAACGUACGGGGUGCACACGCAAACCGACGCCAACGGUGAUCAGCAGCCAAUCUUCCUGGAUUUUGACCCGAACGGAACGCAGAGACUACCGGCGCCUCUGAUUUAUUAUAAAAUUUUGCACGAUGAAGUUAAUAAGGCCGGAGUGGUACUGAUCGGAGUGAAUGAUAUUCAUCUUACCUCGUUGGAAGCUGUCCGGCAGCAGUACGUUCUGUGUGAUGACAUUAGUGACAAGAUUAACUGGAUCAACUGGGAUAGGACGAAUUUGGCCAGGGGUUACUCGUACGCGUGUGAAGUGAAUCCGUUUUUGAAACGGAUCGGACAUCUAUCGCAGUUAGAUGUUCCGAAUUUGCUAGUAUAG